AUGCCCAUGGUUGAGUUGGCGGCCAAGGAUAUCACAUUCAAGAUCGCGCUCGCUGCACUGGCAAUCUCUGCUUCAACGUACUUCGUCAAUACUCAGAGGGCCUUCAACGGUAUCCUCACCGGCACACUCGAGGGAUCACAUAGUGCAGAUUUGUGCCCCCGGGCAGAUGAAAUUGUCCUCGAGAAGGAUGGGGUCAUCUGGGACUCCGGGCUUCGACAUAUGUAUGAAUCGUUCCAUUUACUUUCACGUUAUAGUCGCUCAAAGCUGGAACUUACGAAAGUCAACACAUAUGGACGGUUGUAUGUGUGGAAAGGCUCAGACAGUGUUCUGAAGCCGCUCCUUGUCGCGGUCACCAAGGUGAGCUCAAACAUGGUUCCUGUCUUAGCAACGACCAUUGAAGAAUAUCAGCAUCCCCCAUUCUCAGGGUACUCUGAUGAUCUGGGAGAAACUUUGGGAUCGUUGAGGCAUUGAUGGAUCUAGAGGCAGCGGGACACAUGAAAUUGGACACAAAAAGAGGAAAAAACUUUGAGAUUGCGGGUCGUGCGAUGAUAGGGGCGGUUUAA